GCGGAGCUGCGGGAGCGGCUGGAGCCCUGGGCGGCCGGAGUGCCUACGCCCCCCCUUCUCAACGCCGAGGAGGGGGGGAGCCUCCUCAGGGGCUUUGCGCCCUGAGCAGGAUGGUCCUGCGCCGCGUUCAUGAGCCGCCUCAGUCCCCCCGCAGCACUGGCUAGCGAACAGGGUUGGUCGUGCCUACGCUACCGGGGCUGUCUGGUGGUUCCCUCCUUCCAACCUCUCAAGCAUCGUCCACGCCGCUCGGUGUAGCGACCGAGGCUGGGCUACGCUAACCCAGGAGCCGGCUGCUGACGGCUCGGCUGAGGCACGGAUGUCGGUUUCCAGGUGCUGCAGCGUCGGCGGAGGCGGUGGCAGACCUAAGCGAUCUGUGCAAGGCCGGGACCGGAGAGUAUGUAUGACCAACUGCCCGACACUGAUUGUCAUGGUUGGCCUCCCAGCAAGAGGGAAAACCUACAUUUCAAAGAAACUGACACGCUACUUAAACUGGAUUGGAGUGCCUACAAAAGAAUUUAAUGUUGGACAGUAUCGUCGAGACUUAGUAAAAACAUACAAGUCUUUUGAGUUUUUCCUGCCAGACAACGAGGAAGGCCUGAAAAUCCGCAAACAAUGUGCCUUGGCAGCACUGAAGGAUGUUCGGCGAUAUCUUGGUGAAGAAAAUGGACAUGUGGCAGUUUUUGAUGCCACUAACACUACAAGAGAACGUAGAGAAACCAUCUUUAAAUUUGGUGAGGAAAAUGGGUACAAGACUUUUUUUGUAGAGUCAGUAUGUGUUGAUCCAGAGGUCAUUGCUGCAAAUAUUGUGCAAGUGAAGCUGGGCAGUCCUGACUAUGUUGACUGUGGCAGUGAUGAAGCUGCAGAAGAUUUCAUGAAAAGAAUUGAGUGUUACAAGAAUUCGUAUGAGACACUAGAUGAAAAUCUGGACAAGGAUCUUUCUUAUAUUAAAAUAAUGGAUGUUGGGCGGAGUUAUCUUGUGAACCGAGUAAUGGACCAUAUUCAGAGUCGGAUUGUUUACUACCUCAUGAAUAUCCACGUAACUCCUCGUUCCAUCUACCUCUGUCGCCAUGGUGAAAGUGAACUAAAUCUAAAGGGAAGAAUAGGAGGAGACACAGGGCUGUCUCGUAGGGGGAAAGAGUUUGCCAAAAGUUUGGCACAGUUCAUUAAUGAGCAAAACAUCAAAGAUCUGAAAGUAUGGACAAGCCAGAUGAAAAGGACCAUUCAGACUGCAGAGGCUUUGGGAGUGCCUUAUGAACAGUGGAAAGUUUUGAACGAAAUAGACGCGGGAGUCUGUGAAGAAAUGACAUAUGAAGAAAUUCAGGAAAACUAUCCAUUGGAAUUUGCUUUGAGAGACCAGGACAAAUACAGAUAUAGAUAUCCUAAGGGGGAGUCUUACGAAGAUCUUGUUCAGAGGUUGGAACCAGUAAUUAUGGAGCUGGAAAGACAGGAAAAUGUGCUUGUAAUCUGUCACCAAGCUGUUAUGCGCUGUCUGCUUGCUUACUUUUUGGACAAGCCUGCAGAGCAACUACCUUAUCUCAAGUGCCCACUUCAUACUGUCUUAAAGCUAACCCCAGUGGCUUAUGGUUGCAAGGUGGAAUCUAUAUUUCUGAAUGUUGAAGCUGUAAAUACGCACAGAGACAAACCACAGAAUGUAGACAUUUCAAGACCUCCCGAGGAAGCCCUUGUAACUGUCCCUGCUCACCAGUGAAUCCUGUGUCCUGAUCAGCUAUGAAAUAAUGUAUGUGUUAGCCGCUCUCGAGAAGAAGCUUUGAGGACUGUACCUAAUCACUUGUAGCUCUUUUGACCCCCCCCCCCCCAGCACUGUCCCGAACUGCUGAAGCAGCGUUAAGGAAACCACUCAGGGACCUGAGAAUGAAGACAGCCUUCAAGAAAGCCAAGCAACAGAGAAAUGCAUGCACUCCUCCCUCCUCUUGCUCUUCUAGAAUGCGUUUUAACUGCCUGAGUCUGGGACAGGGCAGAGUUAGCAUUAAAGGUUGAAGUGUACCAAGUAUUUAUGGAACAUAGAAUGGAAUUGCUUUUAAAUUAAUAUAUGUGGUCUUUAUCCUGUUCUUCAACUGUGGAUGUUAAAUGUUUAUGAAAUGCAGGUGUCACUUUUAAUGUUGUGUCUUACUUCAUUCUUCUAGAAUAUUUUCUUAAGCUGCUCUUGCUGUGAAAGACCAUCCAGCUCUAGAUUUCCUAUAUUAGUAUUUUAUUCAAAUAUUAUAAAAUUUUUACAAAACAUAGAACAAGUGUUUCUCUAACUGAGGAAUCUUUAAUUAUUUAUUCCAGUAUUCAACAAAAGGUACCAAUCUCUCUGGUUAAUAUACUGAUAUUAGCAAAAAGCAAUGUUGCCCUAUUCCAAACAUUGCUUUACAGUGAACCAUUUAAUUUUCUUUUUGGUAACUGCACUAAUUUCUAGAUAACUUUAUCAAGGCUCCACACCAUCUAGCAAGAGGCCUGUAUAGGUAAUAGUUUCCCAAAUUCACUCCUUCUAUCUUGUUGAAGUGUUAAACUCCCUGAUUAUUAUUUGAUAGUGUGUGAAUAGCUUCAUUUCCAUAACAUGCAUACUGUAAACCCAUUUUGUCAGCUUCUUAACUAUUUUUGCCUUAACUAUUCCUUCUUAACUGUUUUUGCUAAAAAAAAAAAAAGAAUCAAAAACUCCAAACCCCAAACAAGGGAUUUUUAAGUAACCUAGCAAAAAUUCCAAACAGAGAAAACAGUCAUACAAUAAAAUGAUAGCAUGGUCCGUAACUCAUAGUCCAGAGGUUAAUGGCAAUAAUAGUACAGACAGCUACAAGACAAGAGAGACCAAAUUAUUUAUGAAGCUCUCGUGAGUUACUGCCAUUAAUGUGAGCUUGUUCUUUUCUUUUUUUCUUAAACCAAAGUCACAGAUGAAGUAUUACCUGUUUUGGUUUUUUUUAUUAUGUGUUAGUGAUGAUAAAGUUAAAAUGCAAUGGGUGGGUAAGUGCAGAGAUUCUUUAGCAUAUCUGCUUUGUUUGUUGAAUAUUUCAUAGAGUCCCACAAAAGACAAGACUCAAGACUCUUUCUUUCUGUGAAUCUUUAGCAACCACGUCUUGGCCUCAGGGCAAAAGCAUAGUGAAGAAUGGAGCCCUCUAGGAUUUUCCAAUAUUCAUAUGCAUAGAGGAGUGAUAUGCUGUAAGUGAAUUUGUGAAAUUUUAUCAGCCCUACUUUUACACUUCACACAUGCCCUGUUGAAAUGAAUGGGAUGUAUAUGAAAGAAACUCCUGUUAGCGAUAAAACUUCCAAGCAAGUAUUUGUUGUACUAAGCCAACAUCUAGUGUACAUAAUUUAUCAUGUGAUAGAAGUCAGCAGGCCACAGAUUAGGUGCCUAUUGGUUCCUGAAACGAAGAAAGCCUUGUCCUUUCAUUGGACAUUGGAAUGUUUUUGCCUUGUUGUCUGUGUCGAAACCUUAUCGAAACUUGCCAUGCUGUUAAUGCUAAGAGUUCUCUGCAAGGGACCAUGUUAGGUUUGCUAGGUGGGUGCUCAUAUUAUUUGUUUUUUAUGUGGCUGGGUGCUAUAACGUAAGCUAAUGCUGUGUUGUACGUUUCUUUAAUAAGGUAGCUAAGCAGCUGAUUCAGUGCUCUGGAGAUAAGCCAUAAAGCCAAUCCUACUUCAAAAACCUAAAAGGACUGUGUUAAACUAUCAAACACUUAAAGCAACUACGCACCCAAAGCGCUUUAGCUAUACUCCAUCCUAUUAGAUAAUAUACAUUGACAUUGUAAAUGAAUGUAUUCAGGUAAAUCACUACUUAACUAGAGUCGAUGAGAUCAGAAAGUACUGCUGUUGGCCCACAGUACAGCUGCAGCUGGAGAAAUGGAUGCUGGGUAAUGGUUUCCCUAACUGAUCCUGCCAACAAACCAGCCCUAACUCCUCUAGAUGUGGACCACGAAUUAUAAUUCAUUUAUAAAAAUCCUUUAUAAUGGGCUUGAUUUAAUCUUUUAAAUGUUGAGGGGGUUAUGAGGAGAAAACGGUGCAGGUAUACCUUUGGGUUCAAAUGGUAAAUGUGAUUCUUAUAUGAAAAUGCUCUAAGCUGGCUGAGCUUAUAGGCUGGUCUUCAGUGAUGGAUGUAAAAUUUUCUUCUAGCCUUUUCAUAACCAGAUGAAGUAUUUGUUUUCCUUCUUCCCUAAUCACAUUUCUCAAUGUGCUGUAAAACUCUGUGGCUAAAUAUUUUAUGUAUAGUAAAAAUUUUUAUAGGUUACAUCUAAAUAUACUGCGAUAAUAGCAGUUUCUUCUGUUUACAGGCUAGAUGUAUAAUUGACAAAAUAAAUCACUGUGUGCAACUAUAAAUUAAA